AUCCCAGACUCUGAUAAUAUCCCCGUGCAGCGCCGAGAGGAUUCAGAGCUAAGUCUCCGGGCUCCUUUCACAUCUGCAGGAGCAGCCAGCCUGGGACCGCGCGGCGCGGGGCGCGCUCUCGCCUCCCCUGCACCCUCAGCCGGCGCGCUUCUCCUAUGGGCGUCUGCUGCAGUCUGGCUGCGGUCGAACCGAAAGCGGCGGCGGGAGACCAAACUUAGACCCCGCUGUGGACUAGAGAACUCAGAGAAGGCGGAGGGAGAGGGAGAGAGAGAGAGAAGGGACCCGAGGAGGAGGCUUCCAUCACGUCAUCGCAGGAUGUUCUGGAAGCUUUCCCUGUCCUUGUUCCUGGUGGCGGUGCUGGUGAAGGUGGCGGAAGCCCGGAAGAACCGGCCGGCGGGCGCCAUCCCCUCGCCUUACAAGGACGGCAGCAGCAACAACUCGGAGAGAUGGCAGCACCAGAUCAAGGAGGUGCUGGCCUCCAGCCAGGAGGCCCUGGUGGUCACCGAGCGCAAGUACCUCAAGAGUGACUGGUGCAAGACGCAGCCGCUGCGGCAGACGGUGAGCGAGGAGGGCUGCCGGAGCCGCACCAUCCUCAACCGCUUCUGCUACGGCCAGUGCAACUCCUUCUACAUCCCGCGGCACGUGAAGAAGGAGGAGGAGUCCUUCCAGUCCUGCGCCUUCUGCAAGCCCCAGCGCGUCACCUCCGUCCUCGUGGAGCUCGAGUGCCCCGGCCUGGACCCACCCUUCCGACUCAAGAAAAUCCAGAAGGUCAAGCAGUGCCGGUGCAUGUCCGUGAACCUGAGCGACUCGGACAAGCAGUGAGCGCCGGGCCGGACGCAGCUCAGCCCCGCGCGCGCCCGGCCGCUGGGUGGCGCCGCCGCCGCCUCUGUCCCUGCCCUCCGAGCCCACUCUCACGCUGCCUGGUGUUCCCCCUCAGCAGCAAGCACUUCUCUUAGGGCUGACGGUGUCCUUGUCACAAACGUGGAUCGCAAGUGGAGCUUUUGCUGAUGUGUUCCUGACCGACCCCGGGUCCCACCUGUGCCCCCUAAACCAGGUGGUGGAUCAGGCCCGAAGGAAAAUGCUGGAAAACCACCACCGCCACCCAGCAGUCAGAGAGGACCUUUCAGGGUGAUGCACUGUAAAUCCGGCAUUGAUGUUUCCACCAUGUGGAAAAGCAAGGAUUUCCCUGGCCCCGCCCUGCACUCCAGCUCGCCCCUUUCCCGCGCGAAGUGAAGGAUGCGUCACUUUUCUGAGUGGCCCCUCAGACCUCUCCUGCUGGUCCCUGGACCUCUGGCUGGGAGCGCUCAUUCUUGUGACUGGCAGGCUGCCCUCGGUUGCUGCUGUGAUGAGGAUAUGUGCAACCUCCAUAAAUAUGUCGGUGGACGGGGCGCCUCCUAAUAAACCUGAUACCAAGAAGACAACUUGAGCCACUUGGAUCCCGAAGUGGGCUUCCCGGGAAACCUUGAGCAGAGCAGGCUACACAAUCCCCCAUCCUCAAGUCCCCACCGCCUCUUCUUCCUCACUGUCCCCGCCCCCUAUUUGUGGACUAAAGAUGAACUCUGGUGUGCAUGCUAUUAUUGCUGCAAUUAGAAUAUUAUCACACACAAAGGUCUCUGUAUUAACGCUGGUUUUAUAAGUGACCGUAUAUUGUAAAGAGCUGUUAAAAAGUAUUAUAGACCUAUUCAUGUAUUAUUUCACAUGUUUUGACUCUGGCUUGCAGCACCAUUCGGAGUAAGGAUGACAGCAGGCCCAGAAGGUGUUUUACUCAGAAAAAAAAAAAUGCCUGGUCAGCAAUUCACUGUCAUGCACCUAUUUUUAGAUUGGGCAGGGAGAUGGGAGGAGUCGUGAUUUUUACUUUGAAUAUUAUUUCACUGAAGUUACUAAGCAUUGCAGCACAAUGUAGAAAUUGGCUUGGGAUGGAUAGGUAUAGGGAAGGGCAUUCGUUGGGAAAUUGAUGACCGGAAACUAGAAAGCCCCUAUAAUGUGGAAUAUGCAUAUGUGGGGUGAAACCGUAUACUACUUUCACUGCCAUGACACUAAGCAAAAAAUAUUUCCUGUUAAAAGAAAGAGAAAAAGAAAGGGAUAUUGAAAAAUAUAAGGAGUUGAGUCGCUUUGUGGUAUAGAAGGGAGUAAGGAAUAAAAGAUAUAGAAUAGUAAUCUAGUUGAACUGUUCUGCACAAAACAUGCUUCCUUUUCAAAGAAUAGACUUCAAAAGGGACGAACAAACAUUAGGUCACCUUUUGUUUUUAUAAUGAAUUGUUGACGUUUCCAUGCUGUGGUCUCUUGAUAUACGGAAGUAGACGUAACUUAUUUUCCAGCGAAAUUAUAUACUUCUUCUGGGAUCCUUUGCUCAGUUGCCCCAGGAAGGCUUCCCUGUGAGUAAUGCUUAUGGAAUCUGACAAAUGUGAAUGAGCUGCCAUUGGUGGGAAUCAGUAAACUUGGAAAACCUUUCACUGAUGAUUCCCCGGUAAGUGCUCCUGUGAGGGGCCACUUCCCUAGUAUGUGAGAGAGACCCUCUGCAAGCCGCUGUGGGGACUUAGCUUCCUGAUACUAGGUAGUGAUGGUGGAUCUAGAGACAUUCACUUGAAGAGCAAGGAUUGGGGUGGGGUGGGUUGGUGAAUCUAUCUCAGGCCACUGCACUGCAAGGUGCAUUUCUGUCAUUUCUGCAACACCAUGAGACCUGAGCAAGAAUGUGCUGUGGCAGAGGGGGUCUUGGUUUCAUAAAUGGGUAUAUACAGCCUGAACUCAGGAGGCAGAAAUCAAAAGAAAUCCUUGAGGGCUGGAACCUGAGGAUAGAGCGAAAAUGGAGAGAAGGGUGUUCAAGGUCAGGAGUGAUUUUUGCAUUUGGUGGAAAACCUCAAGUCAGACUCAGUGGCAGAACAUGCAGCAGAAAAGCUGUGAAGGAAGGAAAUUUACGUGAUUGUAAUGGAGGCUGGGGUGGAUUGGGAGGUGAGUGGAGGAGAGUCUCUGACCAGCUGCAGAGCCAACCCCUAUCAUUUUAUUAACAUGGAACCCACACAGAUAGGGGAGGGAUUAAGCUAAGAACUUACAGAAUGCAAACACGAGCACACUCUCUUCGAACCCAAUUGUGGGUGUAGCAAUGAAAGCAAUAUGAUAUGCUGCAGUGUGAAGCUCCUUCUGGGGUUAUCGUAUGUACAAAGUUUACCUUAUAAUGGCUCAAAUUGUAUUUAAUUUUUUGGUUUUGUUUAUAAAUGAAGAAAAGCUAUAAGUAUAAUGUAAUUAUUUUAUAGGUAUACUAUUAAAUUAUAGAACAAAUAAAGAUAAUCUAGGGUUAUAUGUGA